AGCUGCCCGGCCCGGUCCGGCCCCUCCUCGGCGGCUGGCGGGAAGGACAAGAGGAAUAUCCACCCGGCCGCCGGAGGAGACGCCCUCCGCUCGGGCUCGCCCACGCCCGGCGUGGCAGCCAGCGCCGCCCGCCCCGAGCCGAGCGCGCCCGGAGGCGGCCCGGUCUCCGCUGCCGCCGGAGGAGAUCCAGGACGAUGCUAGCAGGGCUGGGGCGGGCGGUGCGGAGCGGCUGGGCGCCGGGCAAGCGGCAGCCCCCGGCGCUGCUGGGCGGCCGGGCAGCGCGGGGCAGUCGGGAUGACUGCCUGCCGCCCUCGGCGCCUCAGGUGUGGCUGUGGAAGCACACCAGAGCUUGGAGGGGCCAGGAAGGAGCACCUUACAACACGCUGGUGCCAUCUGACGAAGUAACGAUUAAUUACAGACAUGGUCUGCCUGUGGUAACUCUUACUCUGCCCACAAGAAGCGAGCGCUGUCGGUUCACUGUGAAGCCAAUGGUGACCACCGUAGGGGCAUUCCUGCAGGAUGUGCAGAGAGAAGAUAAAGGAAUUGAGAGGGCGGAAGUCUUUGCAACAGAUGGUAGCAAGGUCUCUGAUGCAACCUUGAUGGAGGUCUUACUGAUGAAUGACUUUAAACUUGUUAUCAACAAUACAUCAUACAGUGUGUCACCUCCUGUAAAAGAUAAGCUGAGUAGUGAGCAUGCUACUGAAAUGGAAGAUAUCAAAUCCUUGGUCCACAGACUGUUUGUGGCUCUACAUUUAGAAGAUCACCAGAUCAGGAAAGAGAGAGAAUUGCUACAGAAACUGGACCAUCUGAAAGAAGAGCUGCUGCCUCUUGAACAGAUGAAAGCCAGAAUCAUGGACAGUGCCAAUGCGAAGACCUCCAGGCUUCUGUGGGUUGGCUUAGCUCUGAUGUCAACACAAGGGGGAGCGUUGGCGUGGCUCACAUGGUGGGUCUAUUCGUGGGACAUCAUGGAGCCAGUCACAUACUUCAUCACUUACGGGAGUGCCAUGGCUUUCUAUGCCUACUUUGUUCUUACUAAACAGGACUACAUUUACCCUGACGCUAAAGACAGGCAGUUCCUCCACUACUUCUAUCGGAAAUCCAAAAAACAGCAUUUUAAUGUGGAACGAUACAAUAAGCUCAAAGAAGACCUAGCAGAGGCAGAAGAAUCCCUGAGGCGACUGCGCCAACCUCUGCACCUGAGGCUGCCGAUCCAGGAAAUCCAUGACAAGGACUGACUUUGGUUUUGUAUACAUUAGAAUUGCCCUUUCAAAGCUGAUACGAACAUUUAGUUACUGUAUAGAAACUGGAUAUUUUUGACCACUAUAGUUUUGAAAGUUGCAAUAAAUAUCUAUAAAACUUUGAUCA